UAAAAAUGUAACGCGCCGAGUGAAACGAGCAGUCAACAGCCGGGCUUUGAUUUCAGAGUUCAGUUAUUAAAAACGCUGGUUAAUUCUACAAAUAAAAAAUAAAAGAAAUUGUUUAAUCAUCAGGCACUCUUUACCGUUUGGCAGUUCUUUCGAAGAAUUACGUGUUAAUUGUUAAUUAGCAAGAUGGAUCUAGUUGGUGAAUAUAUCGAGGCACACGAUAUGCAAACUCAAGACGCACUAGACGUGAUCGAAGAGUUUAGCGACGAAAUCGCUAAGAUGCACGGUCAAUGCAUCGACAUCGGAUGUGGUCCAGGAUCAGUUACUCGACGACUGUUGUUGCCAAAACUACCAACCAGCACCAGCGUCGUUGGCGGCGAUGUAUCAAAAAAAAUGAUCGACUUCGCACGAACGACUCAUGCUGACGAAAAGCGGCUUUCUUUCACUGAGCUUGACAUAUCUGCUGAAAAACUUCCGCCGCAUCUCAUUGGCGCAUUUGACAAUGCAGUAUCGUUCUACUGUCUUCACUGGUGCCCAGAUGCUAGAAAAUCCUUCGAAAACAUUUAUCAACUGUUACGUCCAGGAGGAAAAGGUUUAGUAUUAUUCAUAGCAAAAAAUAAUGGUUUCGAUUCUUAUUUAAAAUUGCACGACUAUCCCGAAUACAAGUCUUACAUGAAGGAUGUUUCUAACUUUAUUCCUUAUUUCAAUAAUCGAGACAAUCCCAGAGCAAAAUUAAAGAAAAUCAUAGAAGAGUCUGGAUUUGAAGUUCUACACUGCAGUUAUCGAGAAAAAACUUUUAUUUUCGAAAGUAUAGACAUCCUAAAAAAGCAUGUAGUAGCUGUAAAUCCAUUUAUCGCACGGAUGCCAGAAGACAUGCAAGAAAAAUAUACGAAUGAUCUUAUGCGAGAAAUAGUAAAACUAAAAAUUACUUUCGUGAAAGCAGAAAAUGGAUCAACGAAACAGUACAAAGUAUUAGAUAGAUACAAUGUACUAAUAGCAUAUUUUAAAAAGCCAGCAGUAUGAUUAUGAUUAUUGUAUUAAAAUCAUUUGAUAUGUAGCCUUUCAAUUGUUAUGACAUCAUUUUAAGUAUUUUAGACGUAAUUUAUAGAUUAAAUAAUAUUGUAAGGACUUUAAGAAUUGUAAAUAAUUAUAAAUGUAAGUUACGCAAAAAAUUACUGCAGUAGUUGGUUGCUUAAAACGUUGAAUGAUCUAUUUUCAUAAAUAAAAUUCAUUUUGAAUUUACCUUAUAGUUUAAUGCUAAAUGAAAAAUAGUAAUUAUGCUUUUGUAUAGUUCUAAAGAAUUGUUAGAAAAUAUAUAGUAAAUUAUAAGUGUUAGACCUAUCAAUCUUCUUCUGUAAUUUUCAUAUUUAUAAGUAUAAGAAGAAUAAGAUUGUUGAAUCAUUUUCGUUAUUUCGUAUACUUAUUGAAAAAAAUAAUAAUAAAAAUAAAAUAUUAACAUCUUAUUCUGGACCGCAUACUCCUAAUUUGAUCAUAAACUAAUUAUAAGCGAAUUUUUAUGAUUCAAUUUAUAAAUAAAAUAGCACUCGCGACAAAUUAUACUAUAUUUUACAUCGUGGUAUAUACUUUACAGACAAAAUAAAAAAAUAAUUUAUAAACGAUAAA